GACACGUGGGGCACUCUACGGUGGCCGAGAGGAUGCUGCAGCUGUGUUAGAGGCCAGUCAAGAAGCAGCCCCAGGAGGUGCGGAGAGCAUCGUUUCUCUAAUCUAGCCUCCCGAGUGCCAAGGAGGCGUCCUGGCAGCUGUCAUCAUGGUGAAGGAGCAGUUCCGGGAGACGGAUGUGGCCAAGAAAAUAAGCCACAUCUGUUUUGGAAUGAAGUCACCCGAAGAGAUGCGCCAACAGGCGCACAUCCAAGUUGUGAGUAAGAACCUGUACAGCCAGGACAACCAACACGCCCCCUUGCUAUAUGGGGUGCUCGACCAUAGGAUGGGGACGAGUGAGAAGGAUCGUCCAUGUGAAACCUGUGGGAAAAACUUGGCUGACUGUCUAGGCCACUACGGGUAUAUCGACCUGGAGUUGCCGUGUUUUCAUGUAGGGUACUUCAGAGCAGUCAUAGGCAUCUUACAGAUGAUCUGUAAAACCUGCUGCCAUAUCAUGCUGUCCCAAGAGGAGAAGAAGCAGUUUCUGGACUAUCUGAAGAGGCCCGGCCUGACCUACCUUCAGAAGCGAGGACUGAAGAAGAAAAUCUCUGACAAGUGCCGAAAGAAGAACAUCUGCCAUCACUGUGGUGCUUUUAAUGGUACUGUAAAGAAGUGCGGAUUACUGAAGAUAAUUCAUGAGAAAUACAAGACCAACAAAAAAGUGGUGGAUCCCAUUGUAUCAAAUUUCCUUCAGUCUUUUGAAACAGCCAUUGAACAUAAUAAAGAAGUGGAGCCUCUGCUGGGAAGGGCACAGGAGAACUUGAAUCCCUUAGUAGUUCUGAAUUUAUUUAAACGAAUCCCAGCUGAAGAUGUUCCCCUCCUUCUGAUGAACCCAGAAGCUGGAAAGCCGUCCGAUUUGAUUCUCACGCGACUUUUGGUGCCUCCUUUGUGUAUCAGACCCUCCGUUGUGAGUGAUUUGAAGUCUGGCACCAAUGAAGAUGAUCUGACAAUGAAAUUGACAGAAAUCAUUUUCCUCAAUGAUGUUAUUAAAAAGCAUCGGAUCUCAGGAGCAAAGACACAGAUGAUCAUGGAGGACUGGGACUUUCUGCAGCUGCAGUGCGCCCUCUACAUUAACAGUGAGCUGUCGGGCAUCCCCCUCAACAUGGCGCCCAAGAAGUGGACCAGAGGUUUUGUCCAGCGCCUGAAGGGAAAACAGGGUCGAUUUAGAGGGAAUCUCUCCGGAAAGAGAGUGGAUUUUUCUGGCAGAACAGUCAUCUCGCCCGACCCCAACCUCCGGAUUGAUGAGGUAGCUGUGCCAGUCCAUGUGGCCAAAAUUCUGACUUUUCCUGAGAAGGUAAACAAAGCAAACAUCAAUUUCUUGAGGAAACUGGUUCAAAAUGGCCCUGAGGUUCAUCCAGGAGCAAACUUCAUUCAGCAGAGACAUACACAGAUGAAAAGGUUUUUGAAAUAUGGAAACCGGGAAAAGAUGGCUCAAGAGCUCAAGUAUGGUGACAUUGUAGAGAGACACCUCAUCGAUGGAGAUGUGGUGCUAUUCAAUCGGCAGCCCUCGCUGCACAAAUUGAGCAUUAUGGCUCAUUUGGCCAGGGUCAAGCCCCACCGGACCUUCAGAUUUAAUGAGUGUGUCUGUACACCCUACAAUGCUGACUUUGAUGGGGAUGAAAUGAACCUUCAUCUUCCUCAAACAGAAGAAGCUAAAGCAGAGGCCCUUGUUCUGAUGGGGACUAAAGCAAAUCUUGUAACCCCGAGGAAUGGGGAACCGCUGAUUGCUGCUAUUCAGGAUUUUCUAACAGGUGCCUAUCUCCUCACUCUCAAGGACACUUUCUUUGAUCGAGCCAAGGCCUGCCAAAUCAUUGCUUCAAUAUUGGUUGGCAAGGAUGAGAAAAUUAAAAUUCGCCUUCCACCGCCUACAAUAUUAAAGCCCGUCACCCUAUGGACUGGAAAGCAGAUCUUCAGUGUCAUCCUCAGGCCUAGUGAUGACAAUCCAGUGAGGGCCAACCUGCGAACCAAGGGCAAGCAGUACUGUGGCAAAGGGGAGGAUCUCUGUGCCAAUGAUUCCUACGUUACCAUCCAAAACAGCGAGUUGAUGAGUGGCAGCAUGGACAAAGGAACCCUAGGGUCAGGAUCCAAGAACAAUAUUUUCUACAUUUUGCUGCGGGACUGGGGGCAGAAUGAAGCUGCGGAUGCCAUGUCACGGCUCGCCAGGCUGGCUCCUGUCUACCUGUCUAACCGUGGUUUCUCAAUUGGGAUCGGUGACGUCACACCUGGCCAAGGACUGCUAAAGGCCAAGUAUGAGUUGCUGAAUGCUGGCUACAAGAAAUGCGAUGAGUACAUUGAAGCCCUGAACACGGGCAAGCUGCAGCAGCAGCCCGGCUGCACUGCUGAGGAGACCCUGGAGGCACUGAUCCUGAAGGAGCUGUCUGUGAUCCGAGACCAUGCUGGCAGUGCCUGCCUCCGGGAGCUAGACAAGAGCAACAGCCCCCUCACCAUGGCUCUGUGCGGCUCCAAAGGUUCCUUCAUUAACAUAUCACAGAUGAUUGCCUGUGUGGGACAGCAGGCCAUCAGUGGCUCUCGAGUGCCAGACGGCUUUGAAAACAGGUCCUUGCCUCACUUUGAAAAACACUCAAAGCUCCCAGCUGCCAAAGGCUUUGUGGCUAAUAGCUUUUAUUCCGGUUUGACACCAACUGAGUUUUUCUUCCACACAAUGGCCGGCCGGGAAGGUCUAGUCGACACGGCUGUAAAGACAGCUGAAACGGGAUACAUGCAGCGAAGGCUUGUCAAAUCUCUUGAAGAUCUUUGCUCCCAGUAUGACCUGACAGUCCGAAGCUCUACUGGCGAUAUUAUCCAGUUCAUUUAUGGAGGAGAUGGCUUAGAUCCUGCAGCGAUGGAGGGAAAAGAUGAACCUUUGGAGUUUAAAAGGGUUCUGGACAACAUCAAAGUAAGACUUAGCAUUAUAUCUGGGGAUAGAACAGUGCUAUCAGAGCGGUUGGAGAAGGCUUUAGAGACACUGCAACCAGUGGAGCAUGUGUUUGGGAUGACUGUGAAACUUACAAAUGAUGUUUGCUGUAUAAUCUUUCAGGAAAUAAAAAAGUUCAUUAAGGGGGUCUCUGAGAAGAUCAAGAAAACCAGAGAUAAAUAUGGCAUCAAUGAUAACGGCACAACAGAGCCCCGCGUGCUGUACCAGCUGGACCGCAUCACCCCCACCCAAGUAGAAAAGUUUCUGGAAACCUGCAGGGACAAGUACAUGAGGGCACAGAUGGAGCCAGGUUCUGCAGUGGGCGCACUGUGUGCCCAGAGCAUUGGUGAGCCAGGCACCCAGAUGACCCUGAAGACUUUCCACUUUGCAGGCGUGGCCUCCAUGAACAUCACCCUGGGCGUCCCUCGGAUUAAAGAGAUCAUCAAUGCUUCCAAGGCCAUCAGCACUCCAAUCAUCACAGCACAGCUAGACAAGGAUGACGACGCGGAUUAUGCUCGCCUCGUGAAAGGAAGAAUUGAGAAAACCCUCUUGGGAGAGAUUUCCGAGUAUAUUGAAGAAGUGUUUCUUCCUGAUGACUGCUUUAUUCUCGUCAAGCUCUCCCUGGAACGGAUUAGACUUCUGAGACUGGAAGUGAACGCUGAGACAGUGCGCUAUUCCAUCUGCACUUCCAAGCUCCGCGUGAAGCCCGGUGACGUGGCUGUUCACGGUGAGGCUGUGGUGUGUGUCACCCCCAGAGAGAACAGCAAGAGCUCCAUGUACUAUGUGCUGCAGUUCCUGAAAGAGGAUCUCCCCAAGGUGGUGGUGCAGGGCAUUCCAGAGGUGUCCAGAGCUGUCAUCCACAUUGAUGAGCAGAGUGGAAAGGAGAAGUACAAGCUUCUGGUGGAAGGUGAUAACCUACGGGCGGUCAUGGCCACGCACGGUGUGAAGGGCACCCGAACCACCUCCAAUAACACCUAUGAGGUGGAGAAAACUCUGGGCAUCGAGGCCGCCCGGACAACGAUCAUCAAUGAAAUCCAGUACACCAUGGUGAACCACGGCAUGAGCAUUGACAGGAGACACGUGAUGCUGCUCUCUGACCUCAUGACCUACAAGGGUGAAGUCCUGGGCAUCACUAGGUUUGGCCUGGCCAAGAUGAAGGAGAGUGUGCUGAUGCUGGCCUCCUUUGAGAAGACAGCUGACCAUCUCUUUGAUGCUGCCUACUUCGGGCAGAAGGACUCCGUGUGUGGGGUGUCUGAGUGCAUCAUCAUGGGAAUUCCAAUGAACAUUGGAACCGGGCUCUUCAAGCUGCUCCACAAGGCCAACAGGGACCCUAACCCUCCCCAGAGGCCUCUGAUCUUCGACACAAAUGAAUUCCACAUCCCGCUUGUCACAUAAUGCAAGGCAGGAGGGGAUAGUGCCUGGCCUUGACUCCUUGUCCUGUCUGCAGCUGAUGUGAAGAGUUUUGUGCUCCCUGGGACGGAGGUCCUGAUGUCCCCACCUGUGCCAGCAAUCAGAGAAGUCCCCUUGGCAUCCCCAGGAGAGGCUCCUCCUCUGAUAGGGCGCAGCUCACACCAGUGACCCUGACUGUGCCACACUGCUUGGGAGAGCUGAGGGUUUUAUUGUUUGUUUGCUUGAAACUCAAUCUAUGGAUGGCCCCACAGCUCCUGCACACCCUGCCUCCCUGGACUUAAGAGAAGGCCCAGCCCGGUGUCAUGGCCCAUCCUAGCUCUCUGCAUACAUCCAUUGGCUCCCCUUGGUGUCUUCACACCUGAUGUUGAGCCAGGCCUGAACCCCACACAGGCCAGGGCGCAUUUGUGGAUUUUCCAUUCCUCGGUUAUGCUGGAAUCUCUCAAUGUGACAUACUCAUGUAAAUAUUGUUACUAUUAUUUAUUUGCUCCAUUUGAGGGAUUUAGAAUUUCUGUUAUUUUAGUUUUAUUUUUGAAACCAAACGUCUAUAGAAACCAAGAAAGCCAGCAUGUAAGCAUCACUGGAAAAACUGGUUUAAGCAAAUAGAGCCGUCCGGGAUUUAUAACUGAGCUGCAACUGUCGCGAGGCCCAGGCGGCUCUGUUACAUCUUCUCUCGAUGCCCCUGGCUACCCUGUUUUCGUCUACCUCAGACCCCCAUCCUGGGGCUGUAUCCUGUGACAAGAGCCAGACCCAUUCUCCAUGGCCUAGGGAAGCCUCACUGGAGUUUGGGCCUGCUGAGAUGGGGAUGAGAUGGCUUUUUAUAGAAUUACACUUGUGCUAUUUGAAUCGUCUCUAACUGAUUUCUAAAGUUCUGAGUUGAUGCUCUUAAUGUACCUGGGGUAGCCAUUGGUUCUUGGAUCUAUGUUAGAAUGAGUGCUUUCCCUCCCUACUGAUGUGAUUGUACAUUAGGAAUUCUUGACCUGAGUGGUUUUGGCCAGUGGUUGGGUUUAAAAUUCUAUUAAAAUUUGUAGUUUGGGCUGGGUGCAGUAGCUCACAUCUGUAAUCCCAGCACUUAGGGAGGCCAAGGAGGGUGGAUUGCUUGAGCCCAGGAACUGAAGAGCAGCCUGGCAACAUGGCGAAACCCUUCUCUACAAAGAAUAUAAAAAUUAGCCAGGCAUGGUGGCACAUGCCUGUAGUCCCAGCUACUGGGGAGGCUGAGGUGGAAGGCUCACUUGAGCCUGGGAGGUGGAGAUUGUAGUGAGCCAAGAUCAUGCCACUACACUCCAGCCUGGGCAACAAAGCAAGACCUUGUCUCAAAAAAAAAUUAAGCCUAAAAAAAAUUAGCUUUUAUAAAAAAUUAUAGUUUGACCGUAUGAUUUCCUGCAUCUACAAGGUAGACCUAUUAGCUUCUCUCGGGGUCUCAGUGAUAUGAAAAAAUGCCGUUUUUCUUAAUGUUUAACCCCCCUUUAUCUUUGAGUUGAGCUAGAGCCUGGUUUGUGUCAAAGGAUUAAGUUUGUUAAUGAACACUAAUUCAGGGCUUCUACUUGAGACCCCACCAAGAUCACUGCUUCUCAUGUAACCUGGGAAGAGUCAUAAAGGGGUGCCCCCACCCCAGUUGCCUUCCUGGAAGUGUGCCUGGGAAGUAAGCUGUAGGCCUGAUCCAAGCCAAAACCACUGGGAUAUGUGCAGAGGCCAGAGGAGGGGGGAAUUGGGUCAUGACAGGGAACACCGGCACCUGUUUUCUUCUGCGGAUGACGCACACUUUAAAUGGAAGAGAGGUUGUGGCCGUAACUUGUGGCUGGGAAUAAUAAAGAUGGCACCACCAAAGA